CUCCGCCCUUUCAAAACACGACUAAACCGGUCCUGCAGUUUGACAUCAGUUUUUUUCCCUCCCUCCUCAGAGCGCAGCGCAACCUUGAGCCAAUGGAGUCCUGCACCGGUCACAUCUGAGUUCCGAUCUUAACAAUGUUUCUCACGCAAAAAGAGGCGCAAGGUGUAUAAGAGCUGCGGUACCGAGGGGACUUGGUGUGUGGUGCAGACUGAUCCAGAGCGCGCACACACACUCACACACACAUUAUGGCACAGAAGACGGUUCUGAUUGUGUACGCCCACCAGAGCCCGGGCUCGUUCAAUGCGGCGGUGCGGAACGUGACGGUGAAGGCUCUGGAGGAACAGGGCUGCAGAGUCAUCAUGUCCGACCUGUACGCCAUGAACUUCAGAGCUAACGCCACUUACGACGACAUCAUAGGCGAUUGGAAGAACCCCGAGCUUUUCCAGUAUGGAGAGGAGACCAUGCAUGCGUGGAAGGAAGGUCGCCUCAGUGAAGACAUUGUGGCUGAGCAGAACAAAAUUAAGGAAGCCGAUCUCGUUAUAUUCCAGUUUCCUUUGUACUGGUUUAGUGUGCCUGCCAUCAUGAAGGGCUGGAUGGACAGAGUUCUCACACAAGGCUUUGCUUUCUCCCUGGAAAAGAUGUACAAUAACGGCGUAUUCAAGGAUAAGAAAGCGAUGCUAUCCUUCAGUACCGGAGCAAUGCCGACGAUGUUUCGCCCUGACGGCAUCAAUGGAGACAUAAAUGUCACACUGUGGCCUCUCCAGAAUGGCAUUCUCCACUUCUGUGGAUUUCAAGUCCUCGCUCCUCAGAUAUUCUGGUGCCCGGUUCACUCCCCCCAUGUGGCGCGCACUGCAAUGCUAGAGGGGUGGCAAGCUCGACUCAAAGGACUUUUUGCAGAAAGGCCUUUGACCUUUGCCCCUUGCGAGCUUUUUGACCUCAGUUUUCAAGGGGGCUUCUUGCUUCACCCUUCAGUGAGGGAGGAGUAUCGGUCGCUUCCCUACGGCAUCACUACAGGCCACCAUCUAGGGAAACCGCUGCCCCCUGACAACCAGAUUACAGCUCAGCCCCCAGAUGAAAAUAGUGGCAAUUCAGCCUCUGAAGACAACCAGAUUACAGCUCAGCCCCCAGAUGAAGAUAGUGCCAAUUCAGCCUGUGAAGACAACCAGAUUACACCUCAGCCCCCAGAUGAAGAUAGUGCCAAUUCAGCCUCUGAAGACAACCAGAUUACAGCUCAGCCCCCAGAUGAAAAUAGUGCCAAUUCAGCCUGUGAAGACAACCAGAUUACACCUCAGCCCCCAGAUGAAGAUAGUGCCAAUUCAGCCUCUGAAGACAACCAGAUUACACCUCAGCCCCCAGAUGAAGAUAGUGCCAAUUCAGCCUCUGAAGACAACCAGAUUACAGCUCAGCCCCCAGAUGAAAAUAGUGCCAAUUCAGCCUCUGAAGACUAGGACCUUGAAGUCAUGCACAUGUAAUAGAAAAAAAAAAUCACCCUCAACACCAAAAAUGUGUGAUUUUAUAAUUUAAUAUGUUUACACAAGCAGAAGUAAAGCAGUCUAGAAAAAACUGUGACUUGUACUGUAGUUUAUUCACAGGCAAACAAAAUGUCAUUUGCACAUACACUGAUGUAUUUAUGUUGCUCUUGCUGUAACAGGAUCAAAAGGACAGAACAUGAGAAACAGGGGAGGCAACUUGAGUGAUCAGGACAAGCGGCAAUGUCAGUUGUACCAACACCACUGUGUAAAAUGAGAAAAUUAGUAAUAAAACAAAA